AUGGAAAAAUUGGUGACAAAUAUUCCGGAUGAUAGUAACGGAUAUCAGUGCAAUAAUUUUUUAGUAGAGGAACAGAAUGAUCCCUUGACUGUUUACUUCUAUUCAUUAGUGAAAAAAUUCAUUCGUUUAUUUUCUAAACCAUUUCCACAUCAAGUUCUUAUCAGUCGAAAGACAUUAGAAGGUAAUUGGAGCGAUUUUAAGCAAUCAUUUCAUACAACUUACCGACAGUGGUUAGAUUAUGAAUCUUGGUGGAUUGUACUAAGUACACUAAUUGUUAUUACAACUCUCUUAUUUUCUCUCUUGUAUAUAUUCUAUAGUGCGGUAAGAUGUUGUAUUGCAUCAAGUAAAAUAAAAACAACGGAUAGAAGAUGUGAUUGCUGUAAACGCCAUUUGCUCAAUAUUUUUAUUGCCGUUUUCGUCCUUAUAGAUGUUUUUGCGGUAUCUUCAUUGCUUAUCAGUAGUCAAUAUGCGGAAUAUGGAGCUGAUGAACUACCUCGACGUCUCAGUUAUUGUAUAGAUGAUCUCUCGUUUUAUAAGAAAGAAACGGAUCAAAAAAUUCGAAAUACAUUAGUUGAUGAUUUCCAAAAAUUAAAUGAAUCUUUGUCAUCUCUGAUUGCCUCAGGCGGUAAACCAAUUGUGCAACGUGUCAAAAAAAUUACUGGUGCACAUGCCAUGGAUUCGUUUCUUAAUAUUUCCAUUGAGGCUCAAGAAUUGCUUAAGCGUGUAGCUGAUGAUGGAGAUAAAUUGAAAACAUUAAAUGAUGAAUUGUUUUCACUACGAAAUGAGCUAACUAAACUAUAUCGAACAUCAAUUAAUGAAAUAUAUGAUUGCAUUCAUAAUGAUUUUGAAAUUAUUAAAAGAUCUUGUGAAGAAAUUGGAAAUGAACUAACUGAUAUCGAUAACUUUACGCUUCAUCUUCAACAAGAUAUUCUUACUAGUGAUAUGAUGAAUGCAUUGAAUAUGUUAGCUGAAUCAAACAUUGCUGAAAUAUUUAUUGAAGCAAUAUCAGAUUUUAAAAAUGGAGAAGUUGAAUUAAACAAAAAAAUACAAGAAAAGGAACAAGCCAUACAAUUAAGUAUAAAAGAAAUUCAACACGAUUUAUUACGUAUUGCUGAUACAUUAUCAAUGCAAAUACGACAAAUUAAACCGGAAUUAUUGCAUAAUAUAUUACAACAAUAUAUGGGUGUUAAUUAUCAUAACACCGUGCAAUACACAUGGUAUGCUUCUCUAACAUUGUGUGCCAUAUUUUCAUUAAAAGCAUUUUAUUUCUUAUUUGCAUUAUGUUAUGGUUGUUUUGGGCGACGACCAAAUGGUUAUCGAAAUGAUUGCUGUAUUCGUUCUACUGGUAGCAAACUUUUCAUUUGUGGAAUUUGGUUAGCAAUAAUACUAUUACCAGUGAUAUCUGCAUUAACAGCUUUUUUGCUACUAAUUGGUGUUAAUGCUUAUUCACUUGGAUGUUGGCCAUUAGAUGAUCCAUUUUCAAGGCCUGAUAUGCUAUCGCUUAGUGAACGUAUAUUUGAUGUAUGGCGUAGUAAACAAAUCGAACAAGACUUAUCACCACUAAUGAAUCAGUUAUCAUUAUCUAAUGUGAUACGAUCAUGUAUGCGUAAUGAAACAUUAUAUCACAUAUUUGCAAUGGAUAACAAAUAUCAUUUAUAUGAUUUACGACAAUAUGGUAAAGAAUUAUACGAUCGUCUAGAAUUAAAUAUUCAUGAUGCUUUCUCAGAUAUAAAUUUAUCAAAAUCAAUUGGAACAUUUGCUUCACCAGAACAACUUAUAACGUUGCAACAAAUUGUCAAUAUUACCAUUGAAUCAAAUAUUCCACAAAUUUCUCUUCAGAUCAAAGAUAAUAUAGAGCAAUUUGAAAAAAUUCCUCGAUUGAUAAGUCUAAUCGAAGAUGGCCAUGCAAAUCGUAAUCUUCCACGAUCUGUUCAAAUAAUUGCUGAACAGUGGCGAACAUUUCAGAUGAAAGAUGUAAAUCCAACAUUGCUAAAUCUUGCAAAUGGAUUAAAAAUGCUUAUUGAAUUAGACGAUCGAUUUGGACGAAUCGCAUUACCCAGUGUUGCAUUAUCAGCCAAAUUACAACAUGCACAAGCAUUGUUAUCAUCAAAUUUGAAUGAAUUUUUUCGUGCAGCUGCUGAUCAAUUAGUGCAAGAAAUGCAGCAACAAAUUGAACAGUAUAUUGAACAUGUUCGCAUACAGAUGUCAACAAAUGUAUCAAGUUGUAUUCCAUUAUUUAAUAUUGUCAAAAGGACACGUACGGUAUUAUGUCAAGCAUUUGUGGAUCCAUUUAAUGGCAUUUGGGCAUCAAUGAUUAUAAGUAUUUUAUGUACAAUACCGCUUGUUGUAAUGGGAUCUGCAGCAUCAGCAUUGUAUAAAAAGAAACAUCCUUAUCCAAAAUACAUUGUAAAUGAACCAACAAAUACAGAUGGACAAGGAGCAUCAGGUACACUUGUUACCGAUUCAUAUGAUAUCAGAGGUGGACAGCAAAAACUAGUGUAUCCAAAUACUUAUGCGAUGUAUUUUGGUUAUCCACCACCUUAUUUAAGAACAAGGAGUUGA